AUGGAAGAUGAAUUCACUAUUGCAAUAAGAGGCUUUCUCACAGUGCAUAAAUCUUUAGUGUAUGCUGUGUAUGCAUCUGUUCAAGAUGAAGCUGUACAAUUAGUGCGUGAUGGUAUCGCCGCUGGUAUAUUCAAUGAUAUGGGUUCAGGAAGUAAUGUCGACGUCUGUAUUAUAACCAAAGAUGGCGCAAAGUAUAUUCGACCAUAUGAUGAAGCGAAUGUUAAAAGUCAAAGAACUUGUCUUCAAGACAAUCCUUUUCCUCGACAGUAUUUUAAACGCUUGCGUCGACAAAGACUGUUGCCUACGGGUAGGGAUUUACAUUGUCUUGCUGGAUCGUAUAUCGAAACUGCUCAUGAUGCAUAUUGAGUCAAAUGCUUACUACAUUCAGUCGUAUUCAAUCAACUGUGGAUUCUUUAGAUUUAUUGUGCCACAUUAAAUUUUUCAAUUUUUGUCACAAUAUGGAGGAUCAUGUAUAUAUUCUUCAUUCUCC